GGUAGAACGCUAGAAACCGAGGAUUGCGGGUUCGAUUUUUCAUACAUUGUAUGGGUAUUUUUCAUAAAAGUAUCUGCUCUACCAUUCUCGCUCAAGCUGUCUAAAAGGCGGGUUCCAAGUUAUGUUUCCUUUUAGUACAUGUGAAAAAGCUAAAACAACUUUUGUUCAAUUUUGUCAAUUUACCAAAACGUGAAAAAGCCCCUUUAAUGCGGCAUAAUCCCAAUUCAAACCAGUUAAAUAAAUAAUAAGCGGUGGUAUGAUUUUCGUGAAUAUAAACGGUAUUUUACGGCCGACUGAUAGUUUCAAUGCGAAGGACUCGUAUGUAUUUCUAUAUUGACUUGAUAUAGGUGUUCGAAGUUAUUUUCCUAUUGAAAUGCAUUUAAAUUCUGUAAUUGAGACUGAUCUCAUUGAUUGGGAAAUCAAUAAAGUAUUGACAAAAAAGCCUAAUCUAUUUUAUGAGUAUACAAAAUGGAUUGAUCAAUAAUGGAAAUAGAAAUGUGUCUGAAUGAGAACAUUUAAAUAUUUAAAAUGAAUAAUGCUCUGUGUGGUUAUGGUAAUUGUUAAGGGAGACACGUCAAACGGACAUUUUUAGUUGAAAAAUAUACUUUGAUUAGCCGCAGAGACUCGCGGUAUGUGAAGAUGGUAAUUUAGGACUUUAAAGUGAAUUAAGUAAACUUUAAGUUAUUAAAAAUCUAUGUUCUUUUUCCUAUUUCUUUGCGUUUCUUUCUAUUAACACGUGUGUUUAUAAGACAAUCCGCUUUAAUAGGCGAUUGAUUGCUUGAGAUUUGAAUUCAAUGAUCGAAACCUAGAUUGUUACGAAAUGACAGGUUUAUUCCUUCACUUUUGUAAGACAAAAAUUGGCAAAUAUUCUAUUGCAUACCUGCAUUAUGUUUUUAUUGCGCACUAUAGGUUUUUCAAAAUGAAUCAUUCAGACUGUAUUGAAUUCUUGUGUUGGUUUAAACUGUUAUUGUAUAAUUGCGAAAUAUACAAAGCAUAAUGGUUUUCACUUUAGUUUUGCCUUUCAAUUCUAUGUUUACUUCAUGAGGAUUCGGUCAGUCAGUGAAUGGAAAAAUUUAAAUUAAGGUACGUUCUAUUUAUAUAUGAAUUCUAAAUAAUCCCGAGGUAUUAAUCGCAUUACAACUCUUAAUCUUUUUAUACAAUUACUAAUUUUUCCACUGGUUUAUAAAUGAUAAAGUGACAUAUUGAACAGAUAUUUAAAUAAAGGAUACACACAAUCGCUUAUAAAAACAUGAGUCCGACGUGGCAUUGCAUGUUAUAAAUAUAUUUAUCAUGUGAUCACAUUUCAAAUACUCGUGCGGACCAUGGCACAAAGCUCUGCUACAAAGGCGAAUAUCCUUGUCGAUAUACAUGAACUGAUUACCAGAAAAUGCCUCCUGUCCUUGCUUGAAUUCGCUGUCACCGCAAGCAGACCUGUGGAUACUCCAUCGGAGGCUUGGACAUUAGAUCAUUUCUUGAAUACUAGCUUGCCACAAAUAACAAGAACAACAACAGGCCAAAGGAAUAUUAAACUGCUUGUUCCUGGGUUUGGUGUUCGAGCAAACUCAUCAUCGUGGCCGUUAUAUUUGAUAUCGCUCAUAAUUGUAGAGAUUUUAGGUGACAAUGUUGUACCUGCUGAAAUAAAAGAAAAGGUCCGUCGGAUGGCAAGAUGUCGCGCUGAACUGUACAACACGUUAGGGAGUGUAUCGGAUGAUUUGUAUGACAACCAGGUUCGAGACCUUCGGAUUAUGAUGGAAGAUAUUUGCGAAUAUCUCCAGAGAACGGACCUGUGUUCUUCAAUAGAGAAUGACAUAGAAAAUAUUGUACACGGCAAUAUUCCACAUGAUCCUAGAAAUAUCAAAGUAUUUCAAGAUCAUCAAGAAAUGGAAAAGUCUUAUAGAGAUAACAUUAAAUACUUCACGCAAGAGGAAGAGAGCCUCCACACUAGAAUGGAGCAAGUGAUCAGUAUUCUUGAGCAGCGUCAUCUCGAUGAUUUAACGACAGCGCAACAAGGCGGUCAUGAUCUUACUCAAAAGAAUUUACCACCACGAGAAGAACAAUACUCACCGAACUUAAUAAACACAAUGCCGGUUGUAAUCGAACUCGUCAUGACUGGUUGUGGUAAUCAGGAACAACGUGGCCGUCUCAUUAGAGAGCUGAUCAACAUAAUAAAUAACGAGGAGAAUCCAGCCGGCUAUCAGCCGCUUCUUCAGGACAAGGAAUCUGUCCGCAAAGCAUUCGAGAAAGUCUUCUCGGGUAUAGGAGAAUUCAUUGCAAAAUCGGGUUGCAUACAAAUAAUUGUACGCCCGAAGAACAUUGCACAAUUCUUCCGUCUGCUAAACGAUUGUGUCAAAGGGGUACUAACAGAGGCGAUGAAGCCUAUUCAAAAUAUCAUACGAAAAUUGCCUGGAUGCGAACAUUACGAACAGGAGGCCGUUUUGUACAGAGACCACUAUACAUGUGUGAUGGACGAUUUGGUAUCGCAGCUCACAGUCAUUGUACAGAAAAAAGGCCUGAUAGUUCCAAAGAGGACAACUACAAAACCAAUGCUUGAAGGUGGAAAGUUGAUCAUGAAGGUAGAAUGUUUCAAUGAGGAGGAUCGAUCACAGUUUGAACGAUGUGUGAACAACGGAAAGCUUCGAAAAUUGUUCAACCCAUUAAAUAAAUUACUACGAGACGUUGGAAAGGAUGUAGGCAUGGACGCAAUGAUUGAUUGCGCCGAUACGAAAACCUCAUGUCUACCAGUGUUAAUAACUGCACGUUGCGAUGGGAAAUUGGACACGUUUAAAGUGAAAGACGUUCGAGCGCCUUCAAUCACAGGAUUUGCUGUUGUUCCACCUUAUAUUAUCGGCGCGGAUUACAUAAACAACUGUAUCAAACUGUUUGAUAUCGAAACCAAAGCAGACAUAGGAACACCGAUUCAUAUGUGUGAACCAUGGGACGUUGUAAUGAUAGACGAAGAAAAUAAACAGGUUGUUGUGUCUGUUCCUGCAAGCGGAAAGCUUAUUUUUGUCAGAAUUAACGAAAAUCAGCUAGUCCAAUACAAUGAGUUCGUCGGUCAUGACCACUGUCGAGGUCUCGCAUACGCCGACAACCGGCUAUAUGUAGGAUAUGAAGAUCCUAAACGGCAAAUCAAAGUUAUUGGACUUGAUGGAAACGAGAUGCGUGUGUUUAGUGAUGCCAGGUUCGAAUCACCAUGGUACAUGGCGUUUGAUGAACAAUCAAAAUCUUUGUACAUAUCUGAGGUAAUGAACUCAAAAGUUUACCAAUUAAACGAAGGUGGAGAUAUUGUGAAAAUAAUCAACGUCAACAAAUUAAUCGAGACGCAAAGAGGGAUAGCACUCAAAGACCGAUCCACGUUGUACAUUAUUGGACAUGGAUUGAAAAGGAAAGAGGACUUUGCAUACGAAGUAGAUAUUAUGUCGGGGAAAAGUAAAGCCCUAUUGCGUUUUAUGAAUGCGCAUCCGAAGUGCGUUCGAAGAUACAGAGACUCAAUGUUCCUGAGUAUUUAUGGUUCGGAAAGGAUCAUGCAAUUUGACAUUUCAGAUAAUCCUUCUUAAAUCGGUUACUUAACAAGUAAUCCGAAAACGUAUCCGAUUACUUGUUAAAUUAAAGAUUUUGUCUACAAAAAGUGAGACAUUUUAUUUAAAAAAAAACACACGAACAAUCACUUUCUUUAUUGAAUGUUGCAUGGAUGAUCUCUUAUAUUAUUUUCGCACGGAUGCUUUGUUAUAAUUAAUUCGUUCACACAACAUUUGAUCAAACAUUUUAAAAACAUGUGCAAAAGACACAAUCUUCCUUUCUUUUCAUUGAAAAACAACUAUGUUCAUGAAUAUGAAUAUAUAUUAAAACAAAAAAGUUAAAGUUACAAAUUAGGCAUGGGAAACAAUCAAGAUUACUACCUUAUAUAAAGAUUUGGUCGUAUACAAUUAUUUAAUAUAACAGAAAGUAAAAUGGUUAUUAUAUUUUCUAUAUCAUCCUAAAUUAAAAGAUGACAGUAUUAGGAAUUGCGCUAUUUAACAUGUUUCUGAAGAUUGAUGCUCUUUUAAUGCAUACAAACUUUAACUAUUAUUACCGGGAAGUAAGUAUGAAAUUAGUUUGAUGUUGUUGAUGUUGUUGUUGUUGUUGUUGUUUGUCUCGCUUUAAAUGUAAAUUUCGCAUCAUAUAAAUUAGUUGUCAAGCUGUUAGCUUUUAAACCAUGUUUUGCUCUAUCGUUUUAUUAUUGUAAUUGCUUCAUGUGUGUAUCGUAAUUUGUAAGAACUACAUUUUUUAUCAGAAAUCGCAUGUUUUGUUAACGAACGUUAACUAAAUAAUUACUUCUGCGUUUUAAGUUCAACUUAAAUUAAUAUUGUUAAUUAAUGUUUGAUUGUUAUUUGAAAUGUACAUGGU